GGCUUAUGUUCGGGUGACGUCAUUAGUGGACUGUCCAAACCGUAAUGGCGGCAGCGGCAGCGGCGGAGCGGGGCGGUGGUCCCGGUUCUUGUCCCGGUUCUUCCCGGACUAAGGAGGCGGACUACUCGGUGCUCGUGGUGGUGGGGUCGCUGCGGCCCGCCGGACUGCUGGAGCGGCUGCUGCGCCAGAUAGACUCCGGUGUGCGCUGCUGGCCUAUAAAUCUGGACGUCUCUGUUCUGGACCAGCAGCUGAAACUCUUCGUGUCGAGACACCUGGCCUUCCUGUCAGAGGACAUCCCAGGACAGAGGACGCUGCAGCACCGCGGAGACGUCCUGGACACUCAAGUUGUUGUGAAUCCGGCUCACGACUUUGUCUGCUCAGAGGUGCGGCGGCUCGUCUGUAAUCCAUCUCCACACAAACUUCUGGUUCUGGCCGGUCAGUGUUUGGAAGAGUCCGGAGAGAUCGUGUUCCAGAGAGGCUGCUUCUCCCUCAGAGACUUCCUCCACAUCUUUGAAGAAGAUGAGGUUGUGCGGUUGUUGAGCUCUACAGACUCGGUGACGAAGGCCCGCCUCACCCUCAGCUGUCCAGAUGUUGGUCUUUGGAAGAACUCUGUGUUGGAGAAACACAACCUGCAAGACUACAUGCACAUCCAGAUCAACCCCCCCGCCGUCCUCCCAGAAAUGGAGGGUCUGCAGGAGUUCACGGAGUACCUGUCUGAGUCUCUGGAGGCCGAGUCACUCUUCGAGCUCCUGGAGCCCCCGAGCACUGUGGGGUUCCUGAAGCUCUCUCGGCCGUGCUGCUACAUCUUCCCCGGAGGGAGGGGGGACUCUGCCUUUUUUGCUGUUAACGGUUUUAACGUCCUGGUGAACGGCGGCUCAGAUACCCGCUCCUGCUUCUGGAAACUUGUUCGGCACCUGGAUAGAAUCGACUCGGUGCUCCUGACUCACAUCGGCGUGGACAAUCUCCCCGGGCUGAACAGUCUGCUGUUGAGGAAAGUGGCGGAGCAGGAAGAAGAGUCUGCUGGAGCUCAGACUGAGGAGGACUGGAUGAAAAACCUCAUCUCCCCUGAGAUCGGGGUGGUCUUCCUCAAUGUUCCCCACCGGUUGAAGUCCUCACAGGAAGAUCCCGGUGAGCUGCGGAGUUGUGACCAGGUAGCGCUCACUCUGCAGAGUUUACAAAGACUUUCCAUCAAACCUGAACCUCUCAGCCGGUCUAACGGACCCAGUAUAGAACCAGUAAUCUUGUUUCAAAAGAUGGGAGUAGGCCGUCUGGAGCUGUACCCACUGAAUCCAGUAACUGGCAGCAAAAACCUUGAAGCUUUAAUGCAGAUUUGGCCAAAUAAUGGAUCUGAUGUUAAGGGCUCAGAACUUCCUCUACCGUGCCUUGUUUCCAUCUGUGCUUUGCUAGUCUGGCAUCCUUCAAGUCCUCAGGAGAGAAUCAUCCGCGUCCUUUUCCCAGGGUGCACGCCGCAGACCAAGAUCCUGGACGGACUUGAAAAACUCAAACAUCUGGAUUUCCUCAAACAUCCGGUCGUGUGUUUGAAGGACCUAGAAACAUCCAGACCCGAGAAACAACCAAAACGAGCAGAGAGUCGGGAAAGCCUCAAGUCCCAGUCCAAGGACUUCCGACCAAGCAGUGUCUUGCAGAAAGACAAGCUCGCACGAGUGGAUGUCAAAAAACAGGAGGCGAAAACGAUGCCAAAGCCAGCAGGUGACGCCACACCUAAAGAAAAGAAAGACGGGGAAGAAAAGCCCAAACUAAAGGAUCCAGAUGUGAAAUCAAAGACACCGAAACCGACUGAAAAGUUUGUUCCAAAGAAAGAUGUGUCAAAAGAGGAGAAAAAGGAAGUGAAAAAGAAGGAUGAGAAGGUUACUACGGCUGUUGUCAAGAAAGAAGAUGGGGGAGAGAAAAAGAAAGAAGCUAUAAAAAAAGAAACUUUAAGUAUGAAAGCAAAGAAAGACAUCAAACCUGAACCAAAGAAAGACAGGCAGAAGGAUGUGAAAAGUGCCAGACCAGCUGUGAGAGAAGUAAAGAAAGCAACAAGUGGAGCUUCAAGUACAGAAGGAAAGAAAGCUUUUGGAAAGAGUGAGAGUCUGAAAAAGGAAGGGACUCUUCCAAAGAAAGACACUUCGUCUUUAGGGACAAAAGGUAAGCCAGGUUCAAAGGAGCAGGAAAACCAGGAGGAGACGGAUCGCUCCAAGGUGUCCACACCUGAGGAGAUGACCGCGCACUUUGAAAGACUUCGAUUGGAGGACGACAAUGGGAACUACUCCAAGGCCCUGAAUUCUGAUGGAGCAAAGACCAAUGGGAACCAGACCUCGACAGUAGAGAGUCCAGAGAUGUUUCGUUGUAUGGAGAUGGACCAGGUCUCCAAUAAGAACUCUGCCUCUCACUUUGCAGGUCAUACCGCUUCCCAUCGGCCCCCUAAAGAGGACAUUCUGGGUUUAGGCGAUGACAGCGUCUUUGAGACUAGAGGAUCCAGUCUGGGCUUUGAGGACAGCAGGACCGCCGACCUGGAAAACUCCCCAUCCUCUCAGGAUAAGCAGUCGGGUCUUUUGACGCUUAGUCCUUUUAAAGAAAUGAUGCCAGACUCCUCGACCACCAUGACGGCGGAGGUCGGCUCUCCUCACUCCACAGAAGUUGAUGAAUCCCUGUCUGUUCCUUUAGAGCAGACUCUGCCACCCACUGCAGCGUCACCCAAAGGCCCCAUGGGAGACGGAGUCUACUCUAAUGAACAUAUUAGAGGCUCGGACUGCAUCACAAGGAUUGCCUUACUUCCGGGAUCAAACCAUAAUGGGCUAAGUGGAUCAGUGGAUCACAUCCACGGGAUGUCAGACCUCAUCUCAGAUGUUCCACAUGAUGUAGACCUCUGCUUAGUGUCGCCUUGUGAGUUCCAGCACCCCACGACUCCAGACAACCAUCAGCAGCAUUUGAGACCUGGCCUCGCCAUCGACAGCCAGGAAACUCCACCCACAUCAGCCAGCGACUCCGUCCCGACAGCCACGGACUCUGACGUCCCUCCUUGUACAGAGGAAUGUCCAUUCAUCACCUCCGAGAUGGACACGGAUGAUGAUUCCAGUAGCCUUUUCCCGCCCAGUCAUCCAGAAGAUCCUCCCAGUCCCCACUACUCUCACAGGGGAGGGCAUGACCCCCCACCUGCCCCCGUCAAGGAUUUGCCCCCAUUACCGCCCCAGCCUGGAGCCUGCAUGGCCGACGCAGAGGCCAGCAAGAACUUGAAGAGUUCGGCUGCCAAAACCAAGAAACCAACUGGUAAGACGCAGAAGGCCACCUCUGGAAGCACCCCAGGCCAGACCGGAAAGUCCCCGAUGGGGUCCCUGAAGAUGACGUCCAGCAUUGACACAAAGCCAUCGUCCAGAAACUCACUUGGAGGCUCCAGAAUUGGUCCUGCCAAACUUUCUUCCUCAGCUUCCAAAGCUGCAGGUUAUUCCGGUUCCUCGGGUUCUGCGGUCUACGUGGACCUGGCCUACCUGCCGUCUGGCUGUGCCUCUUCGACCGUGGACCUGGACCUGUUCAGACGCCUCCGCUCCUCGUAUUACAUCAUCAGCGGAGAUGACCCGCUGAAGGAGGUGGCAAUGAGGAGCAUCCUGGGUGCCCUGCUGGAGGGGAAGAGCAGCUGGCCGGAGGUCCAGGUGACUCUGAUCCCAACGUUUGAUUCGCUGGCGAUGCACGAGUGGUACCAGGAGACCCACGACCGGCAGAAGGAACUGUCAAUCACUGUGCUGGGCAGCAACAGCACUGUAGCCAUGCAAGAGGAGACCUUUCCCGCCUGCAAGGUGGAGUUCUGAGCCGGAAGCCCCGCCCACCUGACCUCUGCACCGGUGGAGAGUAGACGUUGAUUGUUGCCAUAGUUACAUCCUUUAAUCUACUGAGCAUGCUCAGUUACUCGUUCUUAGUCUAAAAGUCGGUGAAAAAGGAAGUCUAGAUGAUGGUCCUUUACGUUUCCUGCACCUGUGUGACAUCACUUCCUCUCUGCUGUAUCAGGGCCUUCAGCUCGCUGCUAAAUAGCAUUUAGCUUGAGGCCCGAUAUUAACGUCAACAUCGUUUGAUUCGAUUUCAAAAAGUUGAGUUGCAUCCUGUAAAAAGUGACUUCUGGGAGCCAAACAAAUCAAACAUUUAUUAAAAGCACAGAUCUUCAUUGACAAAGCACAAAUAUAAACAGUACAGCGACAUAACAUUACAUGCGACAGAUUCUAAUAAUAUUUAUCUCUUAAUUCUAAUAACUUUCAACUCAUCUGCAUCAGGUUUGUAUGUCAUCUUUAUCUCUAAAUUACAUAAUUACAUUUAUCUCUAUAGUUCUGAGAUUUCAAUCUCUUCAUGAAUAUAGUUUAAUCUGGUUAUGAAUAGAGUUUAAUCUCUUCAUGAAUAGAGUUUAAUCUCUUCAUGAAUAGAGUUUAAUCUGGUCAUGAAUAGAGUUUAAUCUCUUCAUGAAUAGAGUUUAAUCUGG